AUGGCCGGACAGCCCGAGAAUCAGAAUGAGGUGGCUUCUGUGUGGCAGACUAUCCUGAUUGGAACCGUGUAUAUCGUGACAAGUUCUACCCUGAUCUCAUUCAACAAGUUCCUGAUGCAGCCAGGGAGGUUCUCCCAUGCCGUGCAUCUUACAGCAAUCCACAUGGUGGUAACCUUGUGCCUGUCAUUGGUCUUCUACAAGGUAGCACCACAGUAUUACCCGUCCAUGGGCAUGGCCAAGGCCAACCUGUGGCUGAUUGCCAAGUGGAUUGCUCCGUUAGGUUUGCUGUUUGCCCUGGCCUUAUACUGCUCGAACCAGGCAUACAAGUACUCCAGCGUCGCGUUUCUUCAAUUCUGCAAGCAGGGAAAUGUGGCGGUCAUGUUCUUCAUGUCGUGUGCAGUUGGAAGUCAGACAUUUAGCUGGCAUAAGCUUUCCGUUCUCAUCGUUGUCAUUGCCGGCUGCACAACGUGUGCCCACGGGGAAAUCCAUUUUGUGAUGGUUGGACUCAUCCUCCAGCUUGCAUCGCAGCUGACUGAGUGCUCCAAGAACUUGAUUGGUGAAGCCGUGAUGCAUGGCGCUGGUCUCAAGUUGGACGUGCUGACUUUCGUGUUGUUCCAGGCGCCCUUUUCACUGAUUUUCCUGACUGUGGGGGUGGUGGCCACCUGGACGCCGGAUGUGCUGGUGGAUUUCAAAAGGCAUUGGCACUGGGUGAUGGUAAACGCCCUGAUCGCUUUCCUGCUAAAUGUUCUCAUAGCCGUGACAUUGAAGAAGCUUUCCGCUCUGUCCUUUGUCAUCAUCGGCGUGGUGAAGGACAUGGUCAUUGUGUCUUCUUCUGCCCUGAUCUUCGGCGACCCGGUUUCUCAGACGCAGCAGGUGGGCUUCAUGGUGACGAUUGUCGGCGUGCUGCUGUGGAGCCGGCUGAAGAUGCAGGAGCAGGCGGCGCGGAUGGACCAGGAACGUCUUCCGUUUGCAAAAACGGCCAAGACGAAGGUCCCAAGACCGAGCCAGUAG